UAUUCAGUACAAAUGCAGCAGAGCAGGGCUGAGCGUGCAUACCACUGCUGCUGACGACUGACCUGAUCCCACACAAACACAGACACAAAGGCACACUACACUCGCUCACGUCACACACACUCUCAUACUCUCAUACCACACUCACAGAGACGCUGAAACUCAGAGCAGAGCUUGGAGAUGCUACCGGCUGGCAACUUUUGAGUAAGUCCACUCCCCCCACUCUCUCUCUCUGUGCUCCUCUUCCUCUGUGUCUUGUUGUUCUUGUGAUUCUUCAGCCGUCUAAGUUCAUUUAUCUCUCACACUCUCCUCUGUUACGGUGAAACGGCCAGUGUUUCCUCAGAUUGAGGGACUUUUCAAACUUUGCUAUCAGUAUGCCGUGCACAUACCUUACUCCACUCUCCCGGCUUUUCUCCCUUUUCUCUGCAUGUGAGUGGAGGCAGCUGAAAAUCCCUGACCUAUUUGCAUGUUGGCUCAGGGCCAGACCUGGAUGUUUUUCUUUUAUAUUUGAAUGACAGAGCUGGCACUGCUUUGAUUUACUAUAUUUUUGUAAUGUCCUUGCGUGGUUUAUGUUUUCUGAAAUGUCUGUGCAGAUGAUUGUCUGGAUGAGUUUCUGCUCUGAUUUGGGUGUUUUCUUUGUGUUGCUGUUGCUGAGUUUAGUUAAUUACAGGAGCUGUCAUGCAGGUAUAAAACUUUAGAGAUCUCCACUGAAUUAGUGCGGGGAGAAAUCCUAGAUUUAGUCCAGACUAAACUCACUUCAUCAACAUUUUUAGACAUCUGACUAUUUAUUCUGAAUAAAUCCAGUAAAGCGGUCCUGUAGUUUCGCUAAAUUAUUUAUGUAGAAAUGAGAUCCAAAGCAAAACACGGAGGGGGUCUGUGUAUUGUUUGACUUAAAGCAGAGGUUUAGCUUCUUCAUACUUGGACGCUUGCAGUUCAUGUGAACAGUAAACAAUCACAUUUUAAGAGAUAAUUCAAAGUAACAACCAGGAGAAGCUGGUAAAACAUACAGACUACAAGCUGGUAACAAAAUAAUUUUUACAAUGGUGUUUCAUGUUUUGGUCCCGCAACCAAUGCAAUAAGAUUAUAACCAAUACUAGAGGUGCCCACUCUACCUAUACCAGAAAUGUCAAAGAUUUUUUCCUUUGUCUUUUCGGUGACACAGUAAGAGAGACUUUGACAUGCUGGUGGUAUUUCUUCCUCUACUUAAAGGAUGUUAAAAAGCCUGUUUUACCCUGCACUGACCUGUCAUAGCAGACAAAAGCUCCUCUGGGGUGAAACCAAAGAUGAUUUGUGCACUUCUAUGAUUUGACAUGUGAUAUCCAACAUAGUAACCUAGAGGGUGGCAGAUCCCUCUUCCAUUGUCUACUAUUCUGUAAAAUAUGAGAGCUCCCUCGGGUGCAGAUUGAUACAUUUAUCAUUUUCUGCUGUUUGUUUCACUAUUUUUAGACUUGUCGGUGGCUGUAUAUGGGGUGAAUCCCUUUUUUUCCCUUCUGUUCUUGAACAAGUCAAACCUUCCUGAGUCUUGUUUGUACCUCUCUGCCAUCUGUGUUGAUCAUGUGCUAAAAAAUAGUCAGAGUGGUGUGUGCGUAGAUGUGAGCAGAGUUUCUGUCUAUGAAGGAAACAGAGCGACUGAUAAUAUAAACAAAAAGUGAAGUCCUUCCUCUUUUUUACUCUUUAUCUGGGUCUGUUGCCCUCAGAUAGCAUGCAGCAAUUAAUGCCUUACGUGUGUGUGUGUGUGUGUGCGUGUGUGUGCGCGCCCCUGUUUGCCUGGCAGUGUUUGAAAGCACAGCAGCAUUCUCGCUGCCUACUGUAUGCAGAGUAAACACUGAAGGCACACACAAAUAAACUCUAUAUUUGGCAUUUUGGCUUAUUUGCUUAAGGCCUUUUGUGUUUUGCUGGUCAGAACAGGAUUGAAUGGAGGGUUAAAAAAAACAAUGCAGUAGAUUUAAUCCCUCUCUCUCUCUCUCUCUCUCUCUCUCUCUCUCUCUCUUUCUCAUCCUGUUAAAAAGUCAUAACAGCAGCCUUCAGAGCACAGUUGAUCCACACUCGUGCCUUCACCACCUGAGAGCCUUACUCGUUCCUGCUGCACCACAGGGGAGAGUCUCCAACAAAGUGACCUCCAGCAGUCAGACUGCACCUGAUCCCGCAUCCAAAGAAAAGGGAACCUGACUCUGAAGCAGGGAAAAGGGGUGAUCAUACCUCAACGCUGAAACACGACCCACUUGACCGAGAGAAAAAGAGCCGGGCAGACAUCUUCAGCAGCUGAAGGAAAGAGGCAGGAUGUUGGCUAAAAUCCUGGAGGACAUGUGGGUGGAGCCAGAGGUGCUUGAGGCCCUCAGCGAGGAGCAGAAGAGGAUCCUCUUCUUGAAGAUGAGAGAGGAGCAGGUACGCCGCUGGAGAGAGCGGGAGGAGAGAGAAGAGAGGGAAGGAAGAGACAUCAGCAACACCAGGCCAAAGAAAGGUAGAGUACAACAGUCCACAUAGAAACACAGUAACAUGGCUCUGCUGCAGGAAAACAAGAUUUCUGUGGAUGUGACCUUUACUAUCAGCAACUGAAAACAAACACAUUCACUCUUGGUCACCUGUGUCCUAGAUAUAACCCUCUCAGACAUGUAUGCACAUGAUGUGUAACAAGCAGGAGAUGGUAAAUGUGCUUCUCUUUGCAAUCCUGCUCAGGAUCUCAAGCAAAAUUGACAAAACUCUCAUAUACUGUAUGUCCAAAAUCUUGCAGUAAGCUUAGCUUGAAGACAGGAACAACUACUUCCUCCUUCAAUCACUUUACAGCCCAGUUAUAAAUGUGUUUUAUUUGUUUAUUCAUCCUUUACGAGGAAUACCUGUCAUGAUAAACUGAGUUCAGUUCAUUUAUUUGGAAACUGUUUCAUGGUCGGUUCAGUGACUCCCUGGGCCUCUGUGAUAAAGCCGUGCAGACUGUUUAACUGUUUUUAGUGUUUAUACAAAGCUCAGAUAACCAGAUAACUCAAAUAACUAGCUUUAUAUUUCAUGUACUUUUAAUUUAAGGUAACAGUUCAGUUUGUGACAAAUGCUCAUGUCACAUAAGGAGAUUAAUGCAGCUGUCUUGAGUUUAACCUCUCCACAUGUAAACCUAUACAAAGUGUUUGAUAUUUUAGGGUCAACACAUGCGCAGUUCUGUGUCCAAAUCCCCAUUUUAAUUCAUUUUUAUCAACCAAAAUUCUUUAAAGCCUCAAGCAAAUGACACUGGAGCUGUAGAGUAACGUCCUCUCAGGUAACUAGUCUGACACAUGUGUUCAGAUUAAACCCAGGCUAAUCUUUUCUGUGCUUUGUGAGUCACCUAAAUGUUCCCCUGCUUCUCCUAGAUUUAGAUUCUUUUUGAGGCCCUGUCUCCUCUCUCAGUGCUCCGACACCAGCAGAGAGAGUAUUUGUAUGUAAAACUAAUUUUGUGUAUGCGCCUGUGUUUGCGUAACUAAAACCUGUAUCACCACCUGCUGAAUCAUUCCACAGGCUGAAAGCUGAAUACGAUUAAGUAAGACCUGUGGUGUGGGGCGCUGUCAUGCUUUAAACCAAAUAUUAAGUUACCAUCUUUGUGUACCUAAUCUUUGCCAUGUCACCGGAGAGGUGACUGACUGUGUGUGUCUGCCUUACACAACAAAAGAUCCAGUUAGUUGUCUUUCUGCCUUUGUGUUUGGCUGUGGCCAAAGUCAGUCAUUACAUGUACAUGCAGGCCUGUAAAUGCCACUUAAAAGUGUUUGACUUCACCUGAGAGUAAUGAUCUCUAUUCUGUCCUGUAGUGCCGGCUGUAUGGAGGUGUGGUGAAUGUAAAUACAGAAAUGUUCUGUAUGUCUUCUUGGCCCAUUAUAACUCACCGCUGUGACAGUAUGAACAUAAAGGAGUGCUGCAUAGAGUCCAUGAAUCAUAUCAGAGGGGGUCUAUACAAUACACACUCACAAAGCAAGUGACUUCAUUUGAGCACAGGUCAUUCAUGAGACUGUUGACAGAAACAGAGCUGGUCACUGAUUAAUCUGUUCAGUGAUUUACCCUCUGAUAGGGAUCUGUCUUUGUCUCUGUGAUCUUCUGUUGGCAGAUCACCGUCACUGACUGUUGUUGUGAUUUGAAAUUUUAAGCCACUCCCCAACCUGUGAGGUCACUGCAAGUUUUCCACUUCAGGAGAUAUUGUACUGUCAUGGAAAACACCUGUUAUCACACCUGAGGGAGCGGGUCUGUUAUCUGCUUUCUGUGUAAAGAUGAGAUCAUCCUGAAACAACCAAAAAAACAACACUAAGCUAACCCUUAAAAUACAGUCUAAUUAAUUCAAAUGUUCUGACAUUUAUAUGUACAUGACACCAUGAAAAAUGGCUAACAUAAUACAUGACACUAACUUAUGGUUGUGAGUUACGAUGUCACUUUGUUAUUACAGAAUUAAAGUCACUUUUAUUUAUCCUCUCUUCUUCCUUUGUAUUGCUCAGUACUCCACUGUGAACAUUUUUUUAGUGUGACACUGUAAAUAACUGAGUCACAAGAAAGACAGAAAAAAAGACCCCCCCCCAAAAAAAAAAAAAAAAAAAGAAAAGAGAGAGAGAGAACAGUAAGCGUGAAGAGAGGACAGUCCAUCCCUGUUGAGUUGGUGUCCCUCUUUACUGAUAGGACAGCACCACCUCCUGGAUAAAAGCCAGAAUAACAACUCAUAACGUGACUGCUUUUCUGAGAAACUGUCUGAGAGAUAAAAAUAUAUCUGCAGAGAGCUUACUGGUCCUGUUUUUGUCUGUCAUUUUUUCUCUUCAUCUCAGCUUACUGUAAACAUGUGAGCUGGCUGCUGGGUCGGGACGGAGAUGUGAGCGUCAGUGUGAUUGGAGAGGUGGACGAGUUCAGAUCCUCCAAACUCCUGCAGAGCCUCAUGAACAACAGGUACAAACGGAAAACACAGAAACACCCGUAUAAUGCAUUAUAAUGUCAUUUACAAAGCCCUAUAAAUGCAUCUAUGAGGCUUUAUAACAGCACUUAAGAGUGAUCAUUAGCAUUUAUAAUAGUUUAUAGCAAUCUUUAUGAAGCCCUUUAAGCAGUGAGCACAAUGUCUUAUACAUGGAUGGUUUAUUAGACAUUAUAAUGCAAAAGAAAAAACAAUGCAGUUUAAAUUCUGUGUUUAAUAACACAUCUUAACACUCACAACUUUACCCUGUUAUAAAGGUUAAUAAAAUCUCAUUCUAUUUAUCAUUUAAAAAGUUAUAAUCUGAAGUUGUGGUGCAACGCAUUUUGCAUAGAUAGCUGUUCUUUGAGAUUUUGGCUUGCUCUUUUGUAAGCUUUGGAUGUAGAACGUUUGAAGGAAUAAGUGAAAUAAAAACAUUUGUUUUGAUAAAUGUGAAGUAUUUAUGUCUGACACUUUACUUACAGACACAAAACACUGCUUAGAAGUUCAUAUAAAUAUGUUGUAGGAUCAUAUAGUUGUUAAUAACCUCAUACAGUACCAUCACUUUACCGUCUUCUUCUUCUUCAUUAAAGUAUAAUACAUUAUUAUCACACCUUUCCACAUGCAUCGCUUUAAGUCGUUUUGAAUACUUAUAGAAAGUGUUAUAAACUCUUAAAGAUGCAUUUGUAAGGCUUUAUAAUUGUGCUUAUGAUGCAUUAUAAAAGGGGGUUGAUAUGAAAUGAUACUAAAAGACAAAAAAAAAAAAACAAUAUUUAAAGUGUCUCAUGACUGUUGACUGCAUGAUUUUGGAUUUAAAAUGACGACUGAAACAUAAUAAGGAAAUAUUAAUGCGACAGCAAUAUGGAUCAUCAAGCUGUUUAUUGUUUGUAUUCUUUUAUAAGAUUCACUUUGUUAUGUGGUUUGGGGUUAAGAGAACUGAAUGGGGUUGGUGUUUUAAAUGGAAGGGGUAGAGUUUGUCUCAGAGAAUAAGUAGGAAACUUAAAUCUGUAAAUAGCAGAGAUUUACCAACAAGUCAGCUUGUCAUUUAACUUUCUUAAUCCAUGUGUUUUUCCACCUCCUCUUGCAAAAAAAAAAAAAAAAAAAAUACAGGAAAUGAAAUAACCUAACUGUUGACAGUAAAUAUCUGUUCUUAAUUUUAAUAAAACUUAAUAAGUUUUUCAUAUUUUCUUGCUCUUGCUCAAGUCAGCAUAUCAACCAGAGUACGCACCAAUGAAAGCCAGAAAACUCACAGAGGUUUCUGCCUCCGUAACAAGCCCCAUUCCUUUUAACUACAUAAUGACAUAACCCUGAUUGACUUUGAUAAGGAGAACAGUGAACCAAAGAGCUCCACUCACAGAGCUGUCUCCUCGUUCAAAUACAAUUAAAGAAGUUAUUUGCCAUAUGACUUGCUGGAGGAUUGAUUCUAAGUUUGGCCUGCUGUCUGGGAGACUGAAAAAUGGAUGUCUUUGUCUUCCAGGGUCCGCAGUGAUGAUAUGAAGAGAAUCCAGAAAGAGGACUCGCUUCCAGGAAGAGAGGCCCAGCAGCUUAGCCUUACAGACGAUAUCCAGCUGGUGCUCACAGAUGUUAGUGUGAGUUAGUGUGUUUGUUCACAGCUCCUCAGCUCAGAUAGCAGCAAAAACAGUGUGUGGAAUCUAUCAUCAAAUCAUGUCCCUCUUACACAGGAUGCUUCAGCCUCACCAGACGAUCAGUCAUCUGAGAAGGACUCUGACUCCUGCAGCACUGAUGAUUACCUGAGGGACCAAACCCAGGACAGCGACAGCGAGUCAGGGAGCAGCUCGGACAACCCAAGUGACUGGGUCCCUGUCUACAGGCCUCAUUUUGGAAGUCAUGGCAACCAGCCACCAGCCAGCACCUACCUGACAGAGACGGUGACGACGAGUGAAAACAACAAAGGUAACAAAACAAGAGAGAAGCUAUAUCUAUGUGAAUAUUUAUAUGGUUAUAAUCUGUGAAGUCUGUAAAGAGGUGCUGGGUUGAAUCUUUCAAGAGACAGUAACAUUUGUUUGAUUUGAACCAGAAUCAGCUUUAUCAUGCAAGUAUGAACAUAUGUAAGGACUAUGACUCUUGUAUAACUUCGCUCUUUUUGCACAAGUAUUAAACGGAUAUUUAAAGUCUAUUAAAGUGGGUCCCAGAACUCUGAGGGUUGCCACAGUUUUCCGUCUAUAUUGUUAAGUAUGGCGAUUGGCUGGGGCAGGGAAAUUAGGUGGGUGGGCUCAUCCUGAAGCCCACUGUCAUCUCCGCUGUCUUGAGCAGGUUCAGCUCCAGGUGGUUCUGACAGCACCAAAGGACCUGGUUUUCCAUUUUUUGUCAGGGUGCAUGAAUUUUUCCUGUCCCAAAUGAAGCUGAUGACAGUUCUGUCAUUUGCCCGAGGCCCAAUCAGUGUUGAUCUUAGUCCUCUGUAUGUCAGUAAUGAGUCUGACAGUCUGACAAUUCUGUCCUUUUCACAUUUUCAGAGACCGUGUGUUGUGAAGACAAAAACUCCGGAUAUGGAGGUCGCGUGGCACAGCUCAGAAAGGCGUUCACCAGUGAUCCUCACAGCAAACCCGCGAUACCUGCUAAACCUGCUUACUUACAAAAAAGAAGCACACCUUUGCUUCACUAGGACUACAGGUGUGUCACCACCUCAAAGAGACACAGCCUGUUUGAAUGAGCGUACUGAGCCCUGUGCAGGAAGUGAUGGCUCAGUGGGACUCUGAUGAAGCACGAUGAGGAUCUUUACUUGAACCUAAGCGACAAACAGAGACUCACUUUUGAUAUAAUGACCAGCCUACAAGCAAGAGGAGCUGGUGCGAACCAAAGAUGGAAAGACUUGAAACUUCUGAACCAAAGUCAACCUGAAAGAUAAAAUAAUGAUGACUUGAAAUAUGCUCACAGUUUCUGUGGCUGACGGACAGACUGACACUGAGAGAUGUCCACAGAGGCAUGAACUGUUAAGUAAAUCUUUUAAAGCACCAUGUUUCAUAUAAAAAUGAUUAUCACUGAAGCUUUAAUGUACAGUCAUAACAGGUGGACCACAUUGAGGCUUAUCUGUGCUUUUCCAUUGUUUAAACUGUAAAUGAAGUCUUUGUAACAUGUGGCUGUAUCGUUUAAUAAUUGAAUUCAUGUUAAAAACAAAAUGAUAAACAGUCUAGAGCCUUUAAUUGUGGAUAUAAACCUUAAAUAAUACCUUUAUAUUUACACUCACACUGAUUGAUGAACCUCGUUAGAGCCUGAUAUGUAACAACAAUCUGAAAUGUAAUUUUAAAAAAAUGUAAUAACUGACUUAAAAUGUAACAAGUUGUUAUAUUUUGGGUCACUUAUUACAUUAGGGGUUGUAUUGUAUUUCAGGUCAUUGUUACAUAUCAGGCUCUGACACGCCUGUAUUGAGCUCAGCAGCAACAGGUCGGGGUUUGGUGCCUUGCUCAAUAAUACUUGAACAUAAUAUCAGGAGGAAACUGAACCACCACAUUAUAAUUCAAUAAUAUAAAGAUAUACAGCCUAAUCACCUGAGAUGCUAUCUCACAGAGCAAUGGCUAGUUUUUUUUAGACCUAACUUUAACUGUCUAGAUUCUGUAUAUUUUUAAACAGAAUUUCCACUUCAACCCAA